UAAACAGGAAGUAGCAGAUGAGCGCUAAGUGAAUGAGUAACUAUCGUUAUGGCUUAUUAAAAUGAGGGGAGAGCAGUGGAGGAAAUGUAAGCUCUCUACUUCUGCUUUUCCAGUGAGUGGAGACACAUGACCAGUGAGCUAAUGAAAGAGCAACUACUUGGUCGACGUUCAGGCUUUUCUGCUCCAGCUGUGUCUCUGGAAUGCUGUGAUUCUGGAUUAGCAGAGUACUUCCUGACAAACAGUCCUGUUCCUCUACAAGCCAAGGCAUGUGCAGAUGAACCCACAGCAGAGAAAAUAUGGAGGCAGUAGAUAAGCCGUGGAAGCUGGCAGAACCUGUCCCAGGCGGCAGUGUGGACGGAGCCAGCCAACAUGCCAGCAACCCAGAGUCAGCCCUCAGAGACCAGCUGGCCCAGUUGGGCGGCGGAGAUCAGGGCUGGCGCUCAGUGCCGGAGGACGAGAUCAUCAGAGUCCUGCCGCUCUUCAUACAGGUUUCUCAGAGCUGCGGGGUCACAGACCGCCUGGAUGUGCAGGGCCUUGCAUACCGCUGCGCUCAGAUCGUGGUUUCCCACGUCCAGCAGAAACUGCCAGGACAGCCUGCAGAGGAAGGCCGGUUUGAAGUGGAGCAGUUCUUUCAGAAGAAAGCAGAAGUGCGAGACAGCAGGGGCUGGCUGCUGUUACACGCACUGUCGCUGCUGUCUGCUCAGAGUCCUGAAGUGGUGAAGACUAUUAUUGGGACUGAGCUGCUAUCUGCUUUGGUCAAGUGCCUGUAUCUGUUCGUGGUCAUACCUCCCAGGAAGGACAGGGCUGAAGAGGACAGAGCCCUGUGCUCCUUCCAGGACACAUUCACUCAGGUGAUUCUGCGGCUGUGUGGACAGGUGCAGUGUAUUGAGACCCUGGUAGAGACACAAGAGCUGCAGUGUCUCAUCAUUGCUCUCACCUCACUGUGGGAACACAGCAGCUCAGCGUGGAGGCGGCGGGCUUCGCAUGUGCUGAGGGCCGUCUCCGCAGCCCAGACCAGGAAUGUUGUUCCAGUUCUACGUGCCAAGAACUGUAUGAAGAUCUGUAUCCAGAACCUGCUGACGAUCCCAGAUCAGGUUCCUGGGCCACUGCUGGCUGAGGUGGCCGUCGGCGUCUUCAGCUUCGUCAAGGACUCCUACCCUCACGACGCGUCGCUCUUCGAGGAGUUUGAAAACAACGAAGGAUACACGGCUUUACAGACCAUAAUGUCUCGCUGUGAGGGGGACGUGACGGCUGAGGACCGUCAAGCUGUGCAGGACUUCCUGGAUCUCCUGGCAGCUUUCACCCUAUACGGAAGGGCGGAGCUGAAGGUGGCGCUGUGCAUCAGCAACCCCCAGCCUCCAGGCUUCAAGUUCGACCCGGUGCUCACCAAAGGAUGCUCAGUGAAGAACCUCAAAGCAUUCCGGAUCAUUCAGGGCUCUUUUCUUCGCUCCGACAACAUCCACACCUGCUCCCAGAUCCUGCACACGGUCCGGAAGAUCUGGACAUGGGACAAGGCCAACUUCUUCCUGUUGGAGUGGACGUUGCAGUCUUUGGCCCAGCUGGCAGGCUGUAUUAGCAGGAAGCCACCCGCGGUGCACACAGUCUUCUUGGAGCUGCUGGAGAUGGUGGUCUUGCAGCUCUCCUACAUACCACACGAGGCACUGCUGGAAGUCGUGCGGGCUCUGGAGCGGGCCGAAUCGGUGCCCUUCAACAACGCCGCGCUGGGCUGCCUCCACGGCCUGGUCCUGCACACGGAACUGUUCUGUGACGUGCUCAGGGAUGCCGGGCUCCUGCAGCAGUUGCUGGAGAUGCUGAAGAAGCAGGCCAAGGUGCUGAGGAAGGCUGGCGUGAGUGGGCAAAAUGCUGGGUUAUGUGAUGAUUUUCCUGAGAAGGUUCUGACCUGCCAAAUGCUGAAGGUGGUGGCAGCGCUAGCUGUGAAGUCGGUCAGGAAUACCGUGUUUAUCAGAGACUAUGGGAUGAUCCCCUACGUGAAGAUAUUUGUGAAUGACGGACAGCUGCGAGGACUUGCCCUCACCAUCCUGGAGCAGGCAUCUCAAAUUAAUCCUGAGGAAUACAUGAGCUCCGCUAUCGGGGCCCUGUGCUCCUCUACGGAGGCGGAGCUGGACCUCAGGCAAGACCUGCUUAAGUCCAUUCUGAAGGUACUGGAGGAACCGCAUAGCUGGCGCGCCUUCCGCACGGCGGGGGGGUUCACCGGGUUGCUCUCAAUUGUGGUCGACAUGGCAGGGGCCUUGGGGGAAUCCGUGGGGGGGGGCUGGGCCUCGCUGGAGCCCGCCCGUGUCCGGGAGCUGCUCUCCCUCACGCUGCACACCCUGGCCACAGCCGUGCAGCUGCACCAGCUAAACGAGCACUGCUUCCGGGCUGCCGGCCACUACGAGAGGCUGGCUGAGGCCCUGCUAGACCUGGGCUGCUUCCCAGGAAGGCCGCGGGGGCACAGCCCAGGGGUGUGUGGCCCCAGCUCCUGGAGGACCUUCUGGCAGCUCAGAGAAGCAGCAGCAAGCCCCAGGGCCACCUUGCCAGCACCUCUGCAAGACUGCCUGAGGCUGCUGGGCUUCUUGGAGCGAUUUGCCUUGGGGAUGGAUGCUGAGGGAGACCCCGACGGCAGGGUGGGUCUCCGGGACGCAGCCCUACAUGCAGCCCAGGCUGCGGGGGAGGAGACUGGCACCCUGCAGGGCCGCAAGGCAGCAAGCAGCAUGUCCUCAGCAGCCAGCACCUACAACAGCAGCUUUGAUGAGACCAUACUUCAUCCUGGUGCUAUCCACGUUAUCAUGAUUCUCCUUCCGAAAAUAUUCUGUCCUGGAGACCCAGAGCUCUCAGUCGAGGUGCAGUUGUCGUUGGCUCAUCACAUCCAGUCGCUGGUAAAAUUAGAGAGGAAUCGACAGAUCAUGUGCGAAUCAGGCCUUCUAGAGACACUGCUGACCCACUGCCAGGACAUCCUGGACCGCACCGAUGACCCUUUACACUUGCCAGUGGUGCGCAUCUUUGAGAAGAUGGCGUCCCAGGCCAUCGACCCCUACAGUCUCAGGCAGUUCCUGUGCCUGGGCCAGCCGUUGAUGUGUGCUGUCAAGGAUCCACCUGGUGAACUGAGAAACCCUGCUGCCCAGAAUGGGUGUAACUCAGAUGUAGCAGAGCUCGGACAGAGCCAAGAAACCAAAGCCCCCAAGAAGAAGCUGAAACACAGCUACAGCUUACUGACCAUGUCCCCCAACUGCACCGUCCCUCACCAUCGCGUUGUCAGCCUCAUCUCCAUGACGUCACCGAGGACCCUGCAGCCUCACCGGUUGACCACGAUGCCGUCGUUUGUGGAGUUUGACAUGAGAUUCAGUGGAUAUGGGUGCCUCUUUCUUCCAUCUGUAGCUACUGUGAAAGGAGUCAGUGCUGACUCCAUAGAGACAGGUGGCAUCGGGAGUGACUGCCGUGGCUUCCCGCCGGCCGCCGGGCUCUCUUUCUCUACCUGGUUCUUCAUCAGCCAGUUCAGCUCGGCCCGUGAUGCCCACCCUGUGCGGUUGCUCACCGUGAUGCGCCACAUGUCCCGAGCCGAGCUGCAGUACUCCUGCCUCACAGUGAGCGUCUCUUGCCCUGAUCGCUGCCUGGUGGUCUCCACAGAGGAAGAAUCCUUUCAGUUUCUCGAUAUGAUGGAACCAGACUCACAGGCACACAGCUCCCUACCAGCUGUGCUUCGCUUGAACACCUCCAAGCAACUGGUUCCAGCUCAGUGGCAUCACCUGGUCCUGACCAUUGCCAAGGACAUUAAGAAAAACUGUUGGGUAACAGUCUAUCUAAAUGGAACCAAGAUAGGAACAUCCAAGAUGAAGUAUAUUCAGCCGUUUCCUGGGUUGUGCAUCUCAAUGGAUCCCACUGCAGUCAUCGAUGUGUGUGGAAUCAUCGGCACGCCAUUACUAUGGAAACAGCCAUCCUCCUUGAUCUGGCGUGUUGGUCCCACCUACUUGUUUGAGGAGGUCUUGACACAUGAAGCUGUAGAAGUCAUGUACAGCCAGGGCACAAAGUACAUUGGAAACUACCAGGCACUGUGCCCAUUAGUAAAUGAUGACACAUCCAUAAUCAAGAUCGUAGCUGAAGAAAGGAUUUCGUUUGGCAUAAACCCAGCAGUUUCCACAGUAACCACAGUUGCUGAGGUUCGAGAAGUUUACAAUGAGGUCGACUGCCGUCUUAUUGCCAAAGAGAUGGGCAUCACAUCACGUGAUAGCUGCACUCCUGUCUACCUGCUGAAGAACAUCUCUCAGCACCUCAGUGGAACAUCUCGCACCAUAGGAGCCACCCUGAUCGGACAUUCAGGAGUCCGGACAUUUCAGUCUCACAGUGCAGCCGACAGCUUCCAGUACAUUGGCGGCCCAGCUGUGGUCCUUAGCUUUGUCGCCAUGGCGUCAGAUGACAGUUCCUUGUAUGCAGCUGUUAAGGUUCUGCUGUCGGUGCUGAGUACCAGUCCUGGCAUGGAGAGGGAAAUGAACAGGAUCCAGGGAUACAAGAUGCUGGCCUUCCUGCUAAGGAAGAAGAGUCACCUGAUCAGCAACCGGACCUUCCAGUUGCUUCUGUCCAUCACAGGCUCCAUGGAACUGGGCUGCUCGACUUGUGUGCUGAACCUCAGCGCCUUCCAGGACCUGCUCUGUGACUUUGAGGUGUGGAGGAAUGCUCCGGAAAGCCUUGACUUUUUGGUGUUAAAUCACCUUGCCGAUAUUCUGAAGUCUCCCAGCUGCAGCCAGCAAAAUGCCCAGGUCAUGCACUCCCUUGGCGUGAUGAACAGGAUGCUGUUCCUUCUCAGUGAGCCUGGUGUGACGUGCCAGCAGGUCUCUAUCAUCACCACUAUUGUCAAGCUCCUGCUCAUCGGCCAUUUUAACACCACGGACUUGUGCAGACUCGGCCUGUUUAUGAUUCACACGCUGCUGCCCCCGUCCUUGAAUGAAAACGUCAUAUUUUCUGAUGCCGACAUGUCAUCACCAGCCUUGAGCCAAACACCUGCAAGAUCAGUCUGGAUACGGAACCAAUUGCUUGAAAUACUGUUGUCCUUAACCAACUCCGACAGAGCACUCCCUGUGAAGAACCAGGAGGACAUGUUUUUUGCCCUUGGGCCGGAUUGGUUCCUCUUCUUCUUGCAGGAACACCUACAUUCUAGCACGGUCCUACAUGGACUCACGCUGCUCGCUUGCUUUCUGUCCACACCAGUUCUUCUGAAUAAAUUCCGGGAGGGUGUAACCUCCGGAUCCCUCUUGCAGAGGUUGCAGGGGGAGUCAUCCAUCGUCUUGGAUAACCCGAAAGUUCAGGCCUGGCCUUCUGAGGUUCUGAGCAGCACAUGUGGCGGCUUUCAGGUCCUGCGGAAGCUUCUGCUGCAUCAUGUCAGCAUUCCUCAGGUCUAUGGCAUAUUGGCGGUACUCUUACUGAGAAAGACAGACUUCGAGAGCCUCACCGGCAAGCUGGACAUUGACGAGGUCCUACAAGGGGCAAUUGACUGCGUUAAUGGGACCACUGGAAUGCUGUUGUGUGCUGACGUGGCUAUUGUUCUCCUGGAGCUGGUCAGGGUCAUCAUUAGUGAGCCCUUGAUAGAAGAAGAGGCCUCCUGGAAGACGCUGUACCCUGGUAGUGUCAUGCAGUUCUUCUGUCUGGUCCACAGCAUGUACCCCAAGGAUCCCCUCUGGACAUCUCCUGCCUACCUGCACUCACUGGCAGGGACCGUGUUCCCACCCGAGCCUUCUGAGGACACACUGACUUCGGAAAACAUGCUGCAGACAGCCCACCCAGCUCGCAAGCAGGUGUGCGACUUCAUCCGUAUACUGUUGAUGGACAGCCUGAUCAACGUCCCUGCCAAAGACCAGCCGCACCCCUUCUUGUUGCUCCUGGAGUCCUCCCCCGAGGUGACCUCACACGAGCAGAAGCAGAGCUUCCAGACGGAGAUGCUGGAGUUCCUCAUGGACAUCGUUCACAUGACCUGCCAGGAGGAGGGCCAGUGCACCCAUGUUGCCAGAAAUGACAUUGGAGCAGACGGGCAGGUCACUACGCUGAUUGAAAACGUCUCCUUCUUCAGCAAGAAACUUGUGGAAAAACUAUAUGCCGGGAUGUUCGUGGUGGAGCCAGAGAAGCUCCUGGUGUUUAUUUCUGAACAAAUUGCGGUGGCCAUUGAGAAGGCCCGAGGUCAGAGGGAAGAAGCAGUGAGUGCCCUGUACAACAGCAUCAACAGAGCCCUGCUGUACUUCCUGUCACGACCAAGACAGACGCCGGACGAGCAGCGGCUAGUCCUGCAGACCAUGGAGGUGCUGCAGCAGCAGUGGGAUGUAGUCCUGGCCACUUACAAUGGAAGCCUCGCUUUUCUCACCUGCCUCCAGCACUGUCUCUUCCUCAUCAAAUCGGGCAGUUACACGGAUGGCUUUGGCUGCGGGACGCACAAGAAGCACAUGAAGAAAAUCUGGCGCCAUCUUUUCCCGCAUAAGAACAGUUCCUCGAGCGUGGUGUGCGAGACCGCGGAUUCCGCCGAGGCAGUAGAGUCCCAGCUGCAGGCGCUGGCAGAAACGAUGUGGGGGCGGCUGAUGGCGGAGCGGCGAGCCAUGCUGGAGGAAGCCUACAAGAUCGAUAUCUCUGCGAAGCCUGGCGGGAAGGACAGUGCGCUGAGCAUGGCAGAUAUCAGCCCCUUGUGGGAGGAAACGGGGGUCAAGGCGUGGCAGGUCUUCAUCGACUCCCAGAAAAAGAAGCUGAACCGGACCCAGCAAGGCAAGCACAGCCCCCUGAAGGCAGCGGUGCGUUCGGCUCAGAAGAGGCUGACCAGGGAAUCAUUCUGCAUGCCCAAGGAGUACCUGCUCUAUAUAGAGAGUCAACAGAGCUCUGCUCAGGAGAUGUUUGAGAACCUACGGAAGAACCAUGCCCAGGCAAUACGGUGUGAGGAGGCCCGUGUCAGUCGGCGCUGGGCCAGUUGGGAGGAAGAUCUGCUCCGGGAGAGGGGCCUGUUCGGACCCGGGCCUGGGGUGAUGGUGUCACGUGGCUGGGUGCAGGACGGCUCCGAGGGACCCAGCCGCACCAGGCCUAGGAUUCGCAGGAAGGCCCUGCGCCGCUCUAAGAAGUUUCCAGCAUCUCGCCUGAGUCUGCAAGCGAAAUGGGACCCUGUGGAGGAAGGCAAAGCACCCGAGAGCACAGAGGCAGAGCCAGAACCCUUUGCCGUAUGUGAGGCCACCCAGGAGGAGGAAGAGACCACCGGGGACUGCGAGCGGCUCACCUUCUUCCCCACCCUGAAGGAGCCGUUGUCGCCCAUUGAGGAACCCUGGGAACCCUGCGCAUCCACACAGCUGGUGCUGCAGGAGCUGGCUGAGGCUGAGCAGGUGAGGAGCAAGCUGGGCGUGGUGAUUGUCAAUGGCCACAUUCUCACAGAGGGGGUGCUGAUGUUUGGCCUUGCCCACUUCUAUAUCUGCGACGGCUUCACACUGUCCUCCACUGGAGAAGUCUGCUGCACGUGCCACCAUCCCAGCAGCUUCAGGGAUUCCUUCAUUUGCGGCAUGCUUAACAAGGACAAAUCCGACAGCAGCCCCACGUGCAGGCGCCACCCUUAUGAGGACAUUAAGGAGGCGCAUUUCAUGCGCUUCCUGUUGCAGGAUAACGCCCUGGAAAUCUUCAUGCGCAAUGGUCAGUCUGCUUUCCUAGUGUUCCAGAACAAGGACCACGGCCUGGCCUUUAAGAAGUUCUGCUCUGCCGUGCCCUUGCUGAAGGGGAGAGGGAUUGCGGAAGCCAUCACCAACAUCAGGAAGGCUUCUGGUGGAGAUAAGAAUGCACUUCAUAGAUGGCAGAAAGGAGAGAUGACUAACUUCGAGUACCUCAUGCACCUGAACACCCUGGCGGGACGCACCUAUAAUGACCUCAUGCAGUACCCCGUGUUUCCUUGGAUCCUGGCAGACUACGACUCGGAGACACUGGAUCUGUCCUCGCCCAGUACCUUCCGAGACCUGUCCAAACCAAUGGGGGCCCAGACUGACAAAAGGAGAGAGAGGUUCAUCCAGAGGUACAACGAGGUGGAGAACAAUGACGGUGACCUCUCAGCGCAGUGCCACUACUGCACACACUAUUCAUCCGCCAUCAUUGUCGCUUCCUUCCUGGUGCGGAUGGAGCCCUUCUCUCAGACCUUCCUGAGCCUGCAGGGAGGUUCCUUUGAUGUGGCAGACCGCAUGUUCCACUGUGUAAAGAAGGACUGGGAAUCAGCCUCUAGAGACAACAUGAGUGACGUCAGAGAGCUCAUCCCAGAGUUUUACUACCUGCCAGACUUUCUGGUCAAUUCCAACAAUUUUGAGCUGGGCUGUACACAGGAUGGGACCACCGUGGGUGAUGUGGUGCUUCCUCCAUGGGCUAAGGGCGACCCCCAGGAGUUCAUCCGAAUGCACAGAGAGGCUCUAGAGUGUGACUACGUGAGCGCCCACCUCCACCUGUGGAUAGACCUGAUCUUCGGCUACAAGCAGCAGGGCUCGGCCGCGGUGGACGCCGUCAAUACCUUCCACCCAUACUUUUAUGCCGACAAGCUGGACUUGGGCAACAUGAAAGAUCCGUUGAAGAAGAGCACCGUCCUGGGCUUUGUUAGUAAUUUUGGGCAGAUUCCGAAGCAGCUCUUCUCCAAGCCCCAUCCUCCCAGGAGCGGACACAAGAGCUCAGUGGCCAAGGAGAUCACCAUUACCGUGCCAUUUUUCUACCGGCUGAACAAACUGAAGCCGUCCAUCCAGCCUUUGAAAGAACUGACCCGGGGACCUGUGGGCUGCAUCAUCUGUGGCGAGAAGGAGUUACUCGCCGUGGAGAAGAACCGGCUUCUUAUACCUCCACUGUGGAGCAUCUUCUUUGCCUGGGGUUUCCCAGACAACUCCUGUGCUUUCGGGACCUAUGGGUCAGAGAAGCACAUCACUAUCUGUGAGAGCCUGACCGAGUGGGGCGAGUGCCUGUGUGCAGUCUGUCCAAGCCCAGGCACCCUGAUCACGGCGGGGACCAGCACCGUGCUGUGUGUAUGGGAUGUCUCCUUCAGCAAGGACAAGCUCCAGCACAUGGGCCUCAAGCAGGUGCUGUACGGACACACGGAUGCUGUCACCUGCCUGGCUGCCUCCGAGGCUUACAACGUCAUCGUCAGCGGCUCGCGGGACCGCAGCUGUAUCCUGUGGGACUUGGAGGAGCUGAGCUACAUCACUCAGCUGCCGGGGCACAGAGGGAGCCUGACCGCUCUAGCCAUCAAUGACCUCACAGGGGAGAUUGCGUCCUGCACCGGGUCCCACCUCUACCUGUGGACCAUGAAAGGGCAGCGGCUAUCCUGGAUCGACAUGGGCUGUGGCUCAGACAGGACUAUCCUGUGCUGCUGCUUCACGCAGAAGCACGAGUGGGACCCUCGCAACGUGCUGGUGACAGGCUGCAGCGACGGCAUCGUUCGGGUGUGGAAGACUGAAUAUUCCAGGAUGUGGGUACCAGAAAACCAGGGGGCGGGGUCACCCCCCGAGCCUAGAGCUGCGCAGGAAGCUGGUAAAGCCUGGGAGAGACACCUGGUCCUUUUUCAGGAGCUAAAUCGGAGUCAGACAGUCUCACGCCAGCGUUACAGAAACAACCCGGCAGUUACGGCCCUGGCAGUCUCACGGACCUACAACUCUUUGCUGGUGGGGGACGUCUGGGGCCGGGUGUUCAGCUGGUCUUAUGAGGCUUAAACAAGGGCAGCCCUGUUCCCACCACGCUCACCGGACAGACUGUGCACUUCCUGAGGAGUCCACUAGGGGUGCCAUGUUCUGGGAAUUAUGUGCAGUCUUUCUCCCAGCUCAUUUCUCCCAGCUCAUGAACCAGGUCAACAGCAGAGAUGCUCAAAACUGCACCACUGGCCUGCUGUACUGUGCUGUUUGGUUUGAUGGACGUGCCCUUUAUUAACCCAGAAACUGAUCGUCAUUGCAACCGAGCUGACUAUCUAUUCGUCACUAGGAGAUAACGCAUGGCUGAUGUUUACUGCUUGGGUUUCAGCUGGUUAACAGGAACAAGCGUUUCAAGAUGGCACCAAUAAGAAAGCGAAGUCUCGACUGUUGUCUGGGCAGCUUUAGUGUGCAUCGGACUUUUUGCCUGAUGAAUCUUGAAGUACAGUGUUUUACCAGACAUUCACCAGUGUUGGCUCAUGUAUGUGAAUAAUAAAGUUAAUGUUGUUCCUUUAUGAAACAGAAA